UCAUUCAAUUGCUUGUGCUACCUCCGGCAAGUUGUCUGGUUUCGGUUACGUAGUUGGCAGCGCGUUUCGUUGGUUCUGCGAUUGCAUGAUGACGAUGACGGUGAUGAAGAUUCUGUUUCACACCGGAUGACGUGACAUAGCAUUACUUCGGUGCACAUUUUAGGAUUCGGCUGUUUUAGGGCUGCGGAUAGGACUUAUAAUAAUCUCUCUCCACGUUGAGGAGGUUUUUGGAUUUUGAUGAUAAGUAUCCUUGUCUUGGAGUCGUCUUGGAAGUCUUAAGCGCAUUAUAUUUCUUCGUGUCUAACUCUGAGCGCGUCAGAUAAUGGUCAAUUUUUUAAAGCUGGCUAUCCAAAAAGCGGUAAAUUCGGCGUGCCGUGUUGAGCAUGGGUCUACCUACUGGUGCACCCGACUCCCAGUAUUGAGCUUUGAAAGAGUGAAAAUAGCCUACGUCUUCUUUACAAGCGAGCCCUAGGGAUCACCAUCGCUACUUCAGGCAGAAUGACUGCCCUAGUGGCUCGCACAGGUCGUCAUCAACAACGUUAUGAACAUGGUCAUCGCCUUGUUGCUGGGUGUAUUCCGUACAGGUAUAGACCAACGGGCGAUGGGAAGUCAAUGGAAGUUCUCAUGAUCUCUUCGCAAAGGGGUGAGGGGUUAUUGUUUCCCAAGGGCGGGUGGGAAACUGAUGAGACAGUAGAAGAGGCAGCAUGUCGGGAAGCCCUUGAAGAGGCCGGAGUCAAAGGCCAUCUACAGGGUAUGCUUGGUACGUGGGAUUUUAAGAGCAAGCGACAGCAAGGCGUUUUCUGUCCCGAAGGACUUUGUCGGGCUUAUAUGUUUGCAUUAGAUGUGACAGAGCAACUGGAAACCUGGCCUGAACAACACGCUCGCCAAAGGCAGUGGUUUGCUGUCCCUGACGCGAUUGUACAAUGUCGCCAUGAUUGGAUGCGGGGUGCUCUUGACCAAUGUGUUGCUUUUCUAGCCAGUGGGUCUUCUUCAACAUCGAACCCAAUGCUUCUUUCUGACACUUCUCUCUCUUUAGAACAUUAGGAUUUUCAUGUUGGUCAUGUUUGGUAUAUGCUCGUCUGAUCGAUUUCAAGUUCGUUCUCUAGGGACGUUACAUCCAAGGAGAUUUUCCAUUGAAUUCUUUGAGGCUUGCCAGUUGUCGCCACAGAAAUUUGUAAAUUACAGUUGAUAGUUCACUCUUUAGGUGUUGAGUUCACGAAUGGGUACCUCGGCAGCCCUAUUUUCCCAGUUGUCACACUUGAAUUUUCUUAUCAGCUAAGGUGCUUGCAUGGCACACCCUUUUCAGAAUGAGUAUUUGCAUUCCGUUGUGGAAUGUUACUUCCCUUA